CAAGCCCAAGCGAGACAACCAGACAGCAGGUGAAACUGACAGUCACACCAAAACGAAACGACGGUGCGUUUUGCCAAACACAAGACGUAUUAUUUUGUGUGUGCAGACAAAAUACCAACACUCCGCUGCUGCACGAUCGAAAAAUGUGAAGCACGAUCAGUGGCAACGGUUUUAGCGCCACAAAACUCACGGGACGACAGCAACAGCAGCAUUAGUAGUGGUAGUAGUGCUGCAAAAGAAAGAAAGUUUGGCAAAUCACGGUGCUGUGCAGCGCAUUUGCUGUUUGUUGAUGAGGCAGACGAUCGCCGCAACGUGAGAGAAAGCAUCAUCACCGCAAACGAGGACGACGACGACAACGGUGUUGUGCUGUGCGGUGUGUGCCUGUUUCUGUGUGUGUGUGUAAAAGUGGAGGGCAAAACCACCCUACACACCCUCCCACCUCCCACCUCUUGGCGACCGCCGCCGGCCCGUACGACGAACCAGACGAACUGGAACAGCAAGCUGCUGCAGGCCCAGAGGCCGCGAGCAAAUCUCCACCAUCCCAUCGGUCCCAACGGUCGCCCGCCGAUCGCGCAUUGGGGGUGAUCUGCUUCUUCUACAUAGCACCAGCGUGAACAAAGAAGUAGAAGAAGAAGCAACGGCAGCAACAGCAGCAGCAGCAGAAGAGGGCAAAGAAGUGAACUAUAACGAAACACAUAGCUCUCAGGGUGGGCGGUUGUGAUGGGGUUCAUACACCACCACACCACCAUCAUUCAACAGUCAGAAACUCACAAUCUCUCUCUCGCAAGCUGAUCGCCCAAACCAGCAGCUCUUGUGUGCGUUGAACGGAAAUACUCGCUUAGGUACAGAGUGCUGAUCGCGUAGACUAUGGAUCCAAUGUUCUUUCCACCCUCCAAUGGAGUUCCUUCCGAGAGCAAGCUGGCAACGUACAUGAGUCGUCAAAAUGGUACGACUGCCGCGUACGGGUUGCCGAUGGGUCUCUCCAAAAUUACGCUCGAUUCGCCUAUAUCGCUCAAAAAAACACAGGUGACACCACAGUCACCCGAAUUCAUUCCAAACAAUCGAUUGAGCACGUCCUCGUCGCCGAACUUUUACUCGUCCUACUCGAUACUUAGCAGCAACAAUGGUACCGGCACCGGUACCAACAACGGCACGGUCGUGGCCACCGCCCAACCACCGUCCCAGCAACCGCCAACCGUCGUCCCGUCGUCGGUGGUCAAGGCCGCGGUCAGCAACGGAGGCUACGUAGGGCCGGGGGGCGGCGGUGCUGGUGGUGGAGGUGGUGGUGGUGGUGGUGGUGUCCCCGUACCCGGCAACAUACUGGCCGGUGCGCUUAGCAGCACAUCCGCCUUUGCGGUCACACCGAUCAAGGGACGAAACUUGCUGCGAAACGAAUCACCGCAAAGUACUAAUACAUCCCCCCGUAUUACGCCCCAACCUUCACCACCGCCAAUUACCACCAACAUUCAUCAAGAAAAUGUUGGUGGCACUACGUACUUUUACCCAACGGCAGCCAACCAUCAAUUAACGCCGAGCAGUACAGUUAACACGACUGAUAACUCCUUUGUCCACAUAGCAAGCUCACAAAUUAAUCUAAGUUAUACACAUCCAGGACAUGUUUACCCGGGACCUGCAUCGCACGUUAUCAACAUGCAAUCGAAGGCACAAGUGUCGGCCGCAUUCUUCAUGCAGGACGAGCUGAGGAACGAUAUUUUAGCGCGGAACGAAAUCGUCAACAGUAUCGAAAACGACAGUCAAGAUAUACCUCUUGAAGUGGAAAACUAUCACUCGCUGUGUUUGCUCGAGUCGUUGCCGCUUCACCCGAAGCUUCCACUACCGUCGUCCACGUACCGGGCAACGCACGCCGUUACCGGCGUCAAGUACUGCCUACGACGUCUUCACGGUUUCCGUCUACAGUCCACCAAGUGUAUGCAGGUGGUGGAUAAAUGGAAAAAGCUUCAACACACAAACAUUGUGCAGCUACGCGAAGUGUUUACUACGAAAACUUUUGGUGAUAAUUCUUUAGUAAUAGUGUACGACUAUCAUCCCGGCUCACAAACGCUGCUAUCCAAGUACUUCGCAUCCGUUCCGGACACGAACGGGUACACCGAUCCGUUCGCCGGCGAAGCGCGUCCUUUUAGCCACAAAAGUUCUCUUCAUCGUACCGCCGCAACGUCACUCCUGCCAGAAAAUGAAAUAUGGUCAAUUAUCAUACAGCUGAGUGCGGGCUUACGGGCGAUACAUCAGGCGGGACUAGCUUGCCGGACACUGGAUCCAACAAAAAUCAUUGUGACCGGAAAACGGAUACGCUACAGCUGCGUCGGCAUAUCGGACAUCUUCACCUUCGAUCCCAACCAACAGAAUCAGCUGACGGUGUUAGAUCAUCAGCAGCAGGAGGAUCUAUUGGCACUAGGAAAGCUAAUACUAGCGUUAGCUUGCCGUUCCUUACAAUCGGUCCAGCGGGAUCAAAUACAAAGCAGCGUCGAGCUAGUAUCCCGUCACUACUCGUCAGAUCUGCGAAAUAUUCUAAUAUGUCUUCUGAAUACAAACACCCGCCGCUCGGUGACGGAGAUCAUGCCGAUGAUCGGUGCCCGAUUUUACGUGCAGCUCGAUGCACUCCAAGCCCAAUGUGAUAUUCAGGAGGAUGAGCUGGCGAAAGAGAUGGAAAAUGGACGGCUCUAUCGGCUGCUCGUGAAGCUCGGCUGCAUCAACGAACGACCGGAGCUCAACCUGGACGUAACGUGGUCCGAAACGGGUGAUCGCUACAUGCUGAAGCUGUUUCGGGACUAUCUCUUCCACACCGUCACCGAGGAUGGGCGCCCGUGGCUGAAUCAGUCCCAUAUCGUACAGUGCCUCAACAAGCUGGACGCUGGCACGAUGGAAAAGGUUCAACUUAUGUCCCGUGACGAACACUCAGUAUUAGUAGUGACCUAUGCUGAGCUGAAGCACUGUCUCGAUCAGGCAUUUUCCGAGCUGGUAGCGGCCAGCGACGGUUCCGUCUAGUAGUGGUGGUCGCGCUUGCCACCAGCACGACGCGGCUUGUUCACGGUGCCACGGUGCGCCGGAUAAACCUACCGGCACCUGUUCCGCAAAACACACACCCGUUACGUUUCCUCCUUCUACCCUAGCCCCCCCCGACCAACCGUCCGUCUUUUGCGAUGGGGUUGUUGAUUGGGUGCAUACAUUAUACAUACGAGCGUGUAUUUUCUUUCCUUCCGUUUUCGCCCGAAGCUUUUCAGUUUAGUUUCCUUUUCUCACCUAUUGAUCGAAAGUUUGAGCGUGUGGGUAAGGAAACAGGACGAAUAUCCUUUUUUUUGUUUUUUGUUUCGUCAUCCUUAGCUCCACAGUAAAGUAAAAGUCGUCCGUGUUGUCGAUCCGAGACAGAGAAAGGCAGCGUCAACCUUCACUUCGCCGAUUGCCCCACCCUUUAUCACCUAGCUUCAUAUACCCCGCCAGAUCGCGACUCCGUGCUCCUACAAGUUAUAGACUGAUUGAAAUGCAAACAAAACAACACAUUUAGUGAAGUGUAUGUACAACAACGACUUUUUCAAAGUGUGAAUGUGUCAGAUGUGUGAUACAAUUAUAUUUGCCCGCCAGUUGGUUCCGAGCAGACCGAAGUGCUGACAAGAUUGCAAUGAUCAGAAAUGAAAGGUUAAAAAGGCCUUUUUUUGGUUCAGUGUUUUUCCCCCAAUUUUAAUUUCGUUUCGUUUGUUGUGGUUAUUUCUAUUUAAAUGUGUAACCCCCCUUCGGCCCAGUCGGAACACAACCCACGUGGCGCACGUGAACUGAACUGAAACUGGAAAAAAUCAGCCAAGCUCAGGACGGAAAAUGCCCGACCGACUGUAGACAAGACUCGCUACGCUAUGAAAAACAGGGCGGUGGAAAACAAGUUCCUCUCGGCGAUUUUGCUGGAAAAAGCUCACCCCGUGGUGGGUAGUUGGUGCAUGGUAGGAAGCGUAUUGGAAGAAUGCGUAUUGUGUAUGCUUUCCGUUCGUUUUUUCGUAUUUUUUUACAUAACAUUUUUCCGUUACAUUAGAUCUCGAGAUGCGCUAGAAACACUACAAAACAAGCAUACAGAAGCGAUAAUGAUGUGUUACUGAUCAUAUAUUGGUUAGGCUUAAGAUGUGUGGCGAGUCGUGGAAAGCGGUGAAGAAGAGCUAAGGGAGAUUAAGAAAGGAAUGCAACGCCUAUAGCAUGUAACACACAAAGUAAAGAGCAGAAGAAAGAGAGAGAGAGAAAGCGAAAGGGAAAGAAAACAACAAGCAAUGUAAACACAAAGAUGUGAAGAAAGGAACUUAAUUUGCAUGAGUUUGUUUCGGUUUGUUUUUUGCCUUCUCUUCUCUACUCUCAUCUUAUUCCUUUUUCCUUUUUUAGAUUUUAUGUGCGUAUGUUUGUAUUUCUUCUCGUCGUUUUUUUUUUGUUUGUUUUACAAUUUAUUUGUCCUGUCCGUAAAUAUAUACACACUUUUUUGUAGUACAACAUUUCAACAUAAA